CGAGAACCACCCCGAGAGCAUUGUACAAUUUCACGGCUUCAUCGCCUCAACGAUACGUUCUCUGACAAUUCACGCUUCACACGCCAUACAUACUGCUGACGGGUGUUCGGAGUUCGCUGAGAAACCUUUACCGAAUGACGAUAUUACUUAGAGUGGAUACCAAUUAGUAAAUCGGAUAGUAUAUUUUCUGUUCAUUUGGCGCUAAAUCGUUUUCGUGAGGGUUUCUAUAUCUUUCAGAGAAUGUACACGAAACCUUCGCUUAAAUUUGCUGCGCUCGUGGUUGUCGUAGUAACCACAGGAGAUGCAGCAAGUGUGUCUGGAAGCAGUCGAUACGACGAUGACGACAUAGGAUGGAGCAAUUUCAUCGAAUGGCCGGAAGAAAUGACAGCAGAGAAGAGUGGCGUAGUACGUUCUCUAAACGUCGACGAGGGAAGGAUCCCGCUCCUCGUACAGCCUAAGUACCAAAGGGUGGAAGAACUAAUCGACCCUGAGAUGUAUAUAAAGCAUGGACCAAAGAAAAUUGUUGGCGGGAACAACGAGUUGAAAGAAAUGGGAUUGUGGCAACCAGAAAAACAGCAACCCGACGCCGAUUACAGUGGCGAUUACGACCAAACACACCAACAGCCGUCCUCCGAGUUUGACCCAAGUGACAAAGACGAAGACCAGCUGCGAAAAGUGAGUGAUAUACAGUUUGGGAAUUAUUUGAAGAAGUCUCCCGAGCAUCCGCCACAGUACCCAGGUGGCUUACUGUGGUCGUAUAAAACAAAAAAGGGAUUCGCUGCACCACGUCGAUAAAACACCAACAGUACGGAAUUAUUUAUAUAGCUAUUCGUAAUAUCGCUGAUGCAUGUGAGCGAUUGGUAUUUGUCACGUUGGUGUAUCAUCAUCAUCAUCACCAUCAUCUUCUAACAAAUAUCAUAACCCCAGGAUUCUUCAGAUCAUUCUUUUUCUUUAUCUUGUGUGGAUUUGUUACAUUUUCCUCUCCACACGUCCAUGCCUUGCUCAUUAUCUAUCGAUCACGACAACAUGUUCAAAACGUACACUCUUACGCACGUAUAGAGCGAUCGUCGCCGAAGGCUUUUCGGGAACUUCAAGAAAAGGCACUGAAUCGCCGCCAAAUUACACAGAAUUCCUAUAAUGGUCAACCAAUAUUGAAAUUGUAGAACGUUUCAUCACUUUUG